UUCCAGAUAAAUUAAGUUGAAGAAAGAAUCAGUAAAACAAUGUUUGGAUCUGUAAUUUUAUUUUGCGUCUUCCUUAUCCUCAUAUAUCUAUGGAAAUACAAAAAGCCUGAAAACUUCCCACCAGGCCCCACCCCACGACCGGUUAUCGGUAAUGUAAUGGAUUUACCAAAAGGACACCUUUAUCUAAAGGUGGAGGAGUGGUCGAAGAUUUAUGGCCAAAUUAUUGGUCUCCGUAUAUUUAAUGAUCUAGCAGUUUUUGUAACAGGAGUUGAUAACAUACUUUUAGCCCUGCGAAAAGAAGAAUUUCAGAGUCGACCAGAUAUAUUUUCAGUCAAAACAAGGAAUUACGGAAAAUCAUUAGGUUUAUUUUUUGGCACUGGAGAUCAAUGGAAUUCUACCCGUAAAUUUACCGUGAAACAGAUGCGAGCCUUUGGAAAAUUUGAAAAAGUAAAUUUAAUAGUAGAAGAAAUCAACCAACUUAUGGAAACUAUUAAGGAUGGAACCAUGCAGGGCAAUGGUCUGUUUGGUCUAGCUGCUGUAAAUGUCAUCUGGAUGAUUAUAGCAAACAAAAGGAUUGACAUCAACGAUACGAGAUCUCGCAGAUUCUUGAAAAAUUUAAAUAAAGUUUUCCGCCUGGGAAGUCCCAGCGGACGUGAUAUAGUUGACGUAUUUCCAAUUUUAAGAUUUGUCAAUUCAAGAUUUAAGUUCACUUUACAAGUUUUCAAAGAAACCCAUGAUUUUAUCAGAGAAACGAUACAGGAGCACAGGGAAAGUCUGGACCCCAACAACCCACGGGAUUUGAUAGACAGUUACCUCAUUGAGAUGGAUUGCAACAAAGGAAACCCUGACUCACGUUUCACAGAGGAAGACCUUAUUGUGCUUGGAACUGAUUUGUUCUCUGCGGGAGCAGAAUCUACUAGCAAUUCCAUAGAGUUUGUGUUGCUGUACAUGAUCUUGUAUCCUGAGGUCCAGGAGAAGAUGCAAGAGGAAAUAGACAGAGUUCUGGGGAGAGGAAGAAAGCCUGUUUUGGAUGAUAAAGCCAACUUGCACUAUACAAUGGCAGUUCUGAAUGAGGUGGAGAGAAUCAACAGUGUUGUGCCCACCAAUGUCCCUCACUACUGUGUCAAGGAUACCACAUUCGGGGGCUACUUUAUUCCUAAGGGCACUUUGAUAUCCAUGAACUUACGCUCUCUUGGAUAUGAUCCUAAAUACUGGAAAAAUCCAGAGGAAUUCCAUCCAGAGAGAUUCCUAGAUUCAGAAGGGAAAUACGUAAAACCUUCAAAUAUGCCUUCAUUUGGCAUUGGUCAGAGAACAUGUGUGGGCGAGAUGAUGGCCAGAACCUCUAUCUUCCUCUUCACUACAACUUUCUUUGAGAAGUUUUCCAUCAGCUUACCAGCUGGGGAGCCGAAGCCUUCUACUGUGGCACUCCCAGGGUUCACCACCGCUCCACAGCCUUUCAAGAUCGAUGUUAAGAGCAGAUAUUGAUUGAAAGACUUGAAAAUAUGCUUAAUAAUAAAAAAACUAUGUACCUGUUUUAAAUUAUAAACAUGAACAUUAGUGUUUUUGUCAAUUAGAAUGUUUAUACUUAAAA